UAGAGUAGGCGAAUGAAAUUCAACGGCGAAGAAAGUGUGAGGUCAGGUCGAACAGCAAGACGAGGAAAACGCACGUAGCGUCACCGCCAUCUUCCAUCUAAAACCCCAAAACUUAACAUGCCCAAUCUGUGUCGAAAAAUGUUUCAAUAAUGGUUCUGUUCCGCAAGUUCCUAAAACAAAUACUCGUCGACAACACCCAAACCAAAACAAAAGCCCGAACCUUUUUCACCUCAACCUCAACCGCAACCGCAUUCCCAUGGUGCGCGCCUCACCAUAACAACCGCCUCUUCCGGUCCCCAGGCCCAGGCCCAGGCCCAGGCCCUCUCUUCCUCGCUCGGCCUCCAUGGAAACUCUCUCAGUCCGCCACCCCUCUCUAUUCGCACGGAAACGCCUUCAAUUUGCUUCGCUCCACAGCCCCUCUCCAGUUCCCUGAUCCGGUUCCCUCCCAUUCCAACAAACCCUCGAUUUUCCACAGCUUCGUCAAUCUCCCCAACUUCAUUUCCUUCACCCGAUUACUUUCCGGUCCUCUCCUCGCAUGGAUGAUCUCCAACGAGUUUUAUACUUCUGCAAUGGUAGGGCUGGCUCUCUCCGGUGCCACCGAUUGGCUGGAUGGAUACGUGGCUAGGAAGAUGAAGAUCGAUUCCGUAGUGGGUUCCUACCUUGAUCCCCUUGCUGACAAGGUCCUUAUUGGUUGCGUUGCUCUUGCUAUGGUGCAUAGAGAUCUACUGCAUCCUGGACUUGUUAGUCUUGUUGUGUUCCGGGACGUCUUCCUCGUUGGUGGCGCAGUAUUUCUAAGAGCAAAUAGCUUGGGUUGGAAGUGGGAAAGCUGGUUUGAUUUUUUUAACCUUGAUGGGACCUGCCGCCAAAAGGUUGAACCACUCUUUCUAAGCAAGGUGAAUACAGUGUUCCAAUUAGCACUAGUUGCUGCAGCUCUUCUUCAACCAGAGUUUGGAACCCAGGAAACUCAAUUAUAUGUUACUUAUUUGAGCUAUUUAGUGGCUUCAACAACUGUAGCAUCUACUGCAGCAUAUGGAGCACAAUAUUUUAGGAGACUGGCUGUAGUAUCAAACUCGGUCUAGUUAAGUUUCCAUUGAGAUGCAGAGGGAUCAGGGAUCGGCAUGAGCAAGGACUUAUUGCACAGUAAAUUAUGGCUAGAUUGCACAGUCUUUGUUUUCAAACUUUGCCUUCUAACAUAAGCAUUAAUGUUUCAAAUGUUUUCAAGUAGUGGCUGACAAAUGUUAGAUUAUUUUUCCUGCAAUUCUAUGUUAGAGGAACGUAUGAAACGUGUCUUUCUCUUUCAUGCCAUUUGAAUUUAUUUGAUCAA